CUACAAUUACACUGUAAACAUAUGUAGAUUGUCUCAUUAUGGGUACUAUAAAAGCUGAAGUCUAGGUACCUUGCAAUCUUUUCAGUGUUUGACAGGCAUUAGCAUAACGAUGUAUAACACAUCACUGACCUUAUAACCUGGUUAUUAGGCCUUUGUGCACCAACUGACACUGAAAGCACUGGUUGUACACAUCUCCAGAAACCAUGGCGGUAAAUACAGAUAUGCUGGUUUUCUUUGUCAAUGGGAAAAAGGUUUGUUUGAGAAACGUUGAACCAGAGACUACACUGAUGGCCUAUCUCAGAAGAGAUUUGGGAUUGACAGGUACAAAGAAUGGCUGUGAUGAGGGCUCAUGCGGCGCGUGUACAGUCAUGGUUUCAGCGUACAACAGGGACAGCGGUCGCAUAGUACAUAAAGCACUGACAUCCUGUAUGGUGCCUAUCUGCACUCUCCAUGGACUGGCUGUUACCACCACAGAGGGUAUUGGCAGUUUGGCAACUGGACUUCACCCAGUUCAGGAGCGCAUUGUGAAGUUCCAUGGGACUCAGUGUGGCUUCUGUACCCCAGGCAUGGUGAUGAGCAUGUACACCUUGUUAAGGAGCAACCCUAACCCCACAAGGAAGCAAGUCAGUGACAGCCUUCAUGGUAACAUCUGUAGAUGCACAGGCUAUCGUCCUAUCAUGGAUGCAUUUUGGACAUUUUCCAAGGAGACUUGUUGUUCCCCAGAGAAUGGAGGCUGUUGCCAGGAUACAGAUUUGUCCUGUCCCCAGGGUAACUCUGCUGGUUGCUGCCGGGGUCAACCAGCUAAACUGACAGACAUCUCUUCUCUCUCCCUGUAUGACCCAACACAGGAACCAAUUUUCCCACCCGAAUUACAGGUUGAAGGGUUGUGCGAGAACCUAGUCUGUUUUAGAGGUCGGCGUGUAACUUGGUACCGUCCGGUUACUUUGUCUCAAGCCCUACAGAUCAAGUCUGAAAAUCCUGAUGCUCAGAUAGCUUCAGGAUGCACAUUUCUGGCUCAGCAGCUGAAGACCUGUGUUCAGGAAGUGAUAGUUAUUGACAUAAGUGGCCUCAAAGAACUUAAAAGUCAUGAGAUCAAGAAUGGAGUUCUAAUGCUGGGAGCAGGACUCAGUAUGGCUGACCUCAUAGAUCUCAGUGACCAUGGAGAUCUUGCGGAAGUGUCUCUUGUACAAGCUGUUCCCAAAGUGCUGGAGUCCUGGGGAUCACAGCUGAAGAACUCUGCGACACUUGGUGGUCAUAUCAUGUUAAGAGGGGCACGCUAUGACCUGAUGCCUCUCUUAGUGGCUGGAGACUGCUUUGCUCUAGUCGCAUCUAAAGCAGAUGCAGAAAGGAAGAUACAACUGAAGGAAGCAUUUUUGCGUGAUUCAAAUCCACUUAAGCCAUGCGAAAUUUUGAUCUCAGUGGGUGUUCCGUGUGCGCAGAAGUUUGUGCAAACCUUUAAAGUGGCCAAAAGAAAACACCAGGACUUAGCCUCUCUGAGCGCUGCCUUCUUCCUAGGUAUUUCACCAUCAGAAAAGCUCAAAAUUGAUGAUGCUCAAAUCACAUAUGGAGGAAAUAUCCCCUCAUUGAUUGUCCCUGUUGAAACAACGAAAUUUUUGGCUGGCAGGAAAGUGUCUGAGGAGAUGAUUGGUGAAGCUAUGCUGGCCCUCCAGUCAGAAUUGCUCCCAUUUGAGGGGAAAGGCCUGUCUAAGACCCAGUCACUAUGGGCUCAGGGAUUUCUCUCCAAGUGCCUCCUGGAGCUGAUUGCUGGAAACCAACAGGGAGACAGAGUCACUACAAACGAACAACCCGAUAUCUAUAAAUCAUGUCAGAUAUUUGAGAUAGACCAAGAGGGCACCUUUUCUAAACUGAAGGCGGUUGGUCAGCCACUAACCCAUUCCACAGGUGAAGAACAGGCUACAGGAGAAGCUGUGUUUAUUGAUGACAUACCAAUGACUGUGGGUGAACUGUACAUGUAUCCUGUUUUGAGCACUCAACAUCAUGCUAAGAUAACGGGCGUUGACUUGUCCGAGGCAUUGUCUAUGCCAGGUGUACAUGGCUACAUUGACCACAAGGACGUCCCAGGUGUAAAUUUUGUGUUUGCUGAAUAUGCCGAUGAAGAGCUCCUGGCCACUGACACAGUGCAUCAUUGUGGUCAGAUUAUCUGUGGGAUAGUGGCUACCGACCGGGAUACAGCUGUCUCGGCAGCUCAGUGUGUCAAGGUCACGUACGAGGACCUCACUCCAGUUAUAUUGACCAUACAGGAGGCCAUCGAGGCCAAAUCUUUCUUGGGGUUGCCUUGGCGGGUAACACGUGGGAAUUUGGAGGCCGGCUUUGCUCAGAGCGAUGAGGUUCUAGAAGGGGAACUGUCUACAAAGGGCCAGAAACACAUCUACCUGGAGACGCUGGGAGCACUAAGUGUUCCCAGGGAGAGGGACCAAAUAGAAGUGUACACAGGCACACAGCUUUGCCAUACUCUGCAGAUAGCUGUGGCUGAGGUCCUGGGUGUGCCCGCUCACAAUGUUGUGGUGAAGGUGAAGAGAAUCGGGGGUGGCUUUGGGGGUAAGGAAUCUCGAUCCUUACUACCCUCCAUGAUUACCGCGCUCGCAGCUCGCAAGUUCCGACGACCAGUGCGCUGUAUCUUCAACCGCAAAGAUGACACACUGAUUAAUGGAGGCAGGCACCCAUCUCUAGCUAGAUAUAAGGUUGGCUUUACAAAGGAAGGCAAGAUCAUAGCAUUACAAACCAUGCUGUACACAAAUGGAGGUAUAACCAAAGAGACUUCAAAUUCUGUUAUAAAAUUAGCUGUAAUACGUGGAGAGAGCUGCUAUAACAUCCCCAACGUGCUGGUGGAGGGACGAGUGUGUCGGACUAACCAUUCAUCACACGCCUCACUGAGAGGCUUCGGUUGCCCACAGAUGUUAUGGAUAGUGGAGAACAUCCUGACAGCUGUGGCCACUCACUUGUCACUUCAACCACACAAGGUCCGUGAGUUGCAGCUGUACAAAGAAGGGGAGACAACCAUAACAAACUGUUUCCUGGAGAAUUUCAAGCUUCCGAAGUGUUGGGAGGAGUGUAAAUCCUUGGCCGAUUUUGACAAGCGCUCACAGCUUGUGAAGGAAUUCAACAGUACCAAUAAGCAGAGGAAGAGAGGAUUGGCCAUUCAGCCCAUGAUGUUUGGUAUAGGGAUCUAUGACAAGUUUUUGAACCAGGCUGGGGCUUUGGUCCAUAUCUACACAGAUGGGUCAGUGCUUGUGACACACGGUGGGUGUGAAAUGGGACAAGGUCUCCAUACCAAGAUAAAACAGAUUGCCUCUGACACACUGGGCAUCUCCUUCGACAAGGUCCUUGUCAGUGAGACUUGCACCAACAUGGUGCCCAAUGCCACGGCCACAGUGGCCAGCGUUAGCACUGAGCUGAAUGGAAGAGCGGUGCAUGCCGCCUGCAUCACCCUGGUGGAGAGACUGCGGCCAUUCCGUGAGGCUGAUCCCCAGGCGGGAUGGGAGAAGUGGGUGUCAGCGGCUUAUUUCAGCAGGGUCAGUCUCUCAACCACUGGAUUCGUAAGUUAUGGAGAUUUUGGGUUUGACUUUGACACAUGUAAAGGCCCUGACUGCAUGUACCUCACAUGUGGGGUGGGGUGUUCAGAGGUGGAGGUGGACUGCCUCACAGGAGAGCACAAGUUGGUGAGGACGGACAUUGUGAUGGAUGUGGGGAGAAGCAUUAACCCAGCGGUGGACAUCGGUCAGAUUGAGGGUGGCUUUGUACAGGGAUAUGGGUACUACAUGAUGGAGGAGGUGGUGCACUCUCCCGAGGGAAAGCUUCUCACAGACAGCCCCCUGACAUAUAAGAUACCCCUAGCAGCUGAUAUACCAGCACAAUUCAAUGUGGCUCUACUCAAGAAUAAUCUCAAUGAUAAAGGCAUUUAUUCCUCCAAGGGUAUUGGUGAGCCGCCGCUCCUGCUGGCUCUGUCCGUCUACCUGGCCACUCAUGAUGCCGUGAAGAGCGCCCGUGUGGAAAGGGGGUUGUCAGAGGUGUUCUAUUUGGAACAUCCAUCCAUUCCCGCUAAUGUCCUCAAAGCCUUGAACUGAGGAAUGAUUGUUUACUAAACUCAAUUAGUCUGUCACCCAAACUUUGGGGAGUAUGCAUACACAUUACGCUCAUUUUGUAGAGCAAUGAAGCUAUAAGCAUUAACUGGCGUUGUGAUGUUGAUUAACACCAGCUAGUAAAAAAAAAAUGGCGAUUUAAGGGAUUUAAGUCAUGGAAAUACUAUCAAAUUGUAUGAAAAUGAUUCAUGAAUAAAAUGCAGGACUUAGCAUUGUGUCUAAAACCAUUAACUUCUUCUGCAACUGGAAUAAAAAGUUGGGCUUUAAACCUACCUUCAGUCCCUUUCACUAUCGGCAAUGGAUACACCCAUAAUGCAUUUUAUGAGGUGUACGUGUAGUUUGGUGUAGAGUGACAAUUAGUUGUGAUGUCCUGCCACCAAAAAUGUGAAAAUGAAAAAAAUAAUUUUGUUCUAAUGAUUGUCAUUUUGGUUUAUCUGUCAUGAAAAUGAUUCUCAGGUUUAUACCCACCCUGUUGUUUUGUUCAUUAUGAUGCUCUAUUACCAGUUUAAUGGCUUGAAUUGAACAACUCACUUUGCAAAUAUAGUGCUAUAGUGCCAUUAUUAUAUAAUUUUAAUGACAGCACACAUGUAAUAGCAGUGCUAAUUGUGUUAUGUUUAACAUUAACAUGUUGUUUUCUCCUGAGCAUUAAUGCAUAAUUACCCCAUGCACAAUGUAGCUAGUUAUUGCGUAGUCUCUCAUGCCAGACCGUUUUAACCUACCUGCGGUUGUACGCUCAGUAGAAAUACCCAUAAUACUCUGAUACAAGUAGACAGUGAUGUAAUCAGUUUUAGCCAAUGAACAUUCUGUACGAGACCAAAAAGCCUUCUCAAAAGACUACAAAUUUUCAUUGGUUGAAGUGUGGAUAUGUCUUUAUUAAUAUUCAUCAUUAACCCAGAACUGGCAAAAUUUGAGAAAUUAGCUAGGAAGCUGAGGUCAUUGUUUGUCACAAAUUGGGAUAAAAAAGCUAUGCAUAUAUCAGAGACAAAAUGUCUUCAAGCCAUUCUACAGGGACAAGAUGUUUUUAUGUGCCGAAAGACUGGAGUAGUGCAAUCAUGCUGUCAACAGUAUCCUUAGAACAACGUCAGCAAAACCCCUAUUGUUAUGGCUGUGUCACCAUUGGGGAACCUAGAUUACGAAAAUAGUUUGUAAUAUUUUGGAAAUAAAACUCAAGAUUUGACA